UACUUACACACGCGUGGCACUCAAUCGAACUCCCUCUCAUUUCUCCCUAUAACUGUCUCUAUUUCUCUCCUUACCUCUCGCUUCACUUCAAAAGCUUGUUCACCUGAUUUUCAGUCACUUGUUCUUCUUCUUCUGCCUUAAAAUCUCCUCCUACUUAGAAAACAUCCACUCAUAUUUCAGGAUUUCAUUUCCCUUUCUUAUCUAUAUAUAAUUUCCUCAUUUUCAGGAGCCUAUUUCAGAAUUUCAAAUCUCUCUUUUUAUCUUAAAUUUCUUGAUUAAAAUCAAAAGCUAUUUGGUAUAAUAUGAGGUUUAACGAAGAAGAAGAAGAGCAGAAAGAGAACGAGAGGAAUUUACAGUCAUAUGCGAUUGGUGUUGAAUUUCCUCCUCAACCUCAGCACAAACUCAUUGUUGGUUAUGCUUUAACUUCUAAGAAGAAGAAAAGCUUCUUGCAACCUAAGUUAGAAAUCUUGGCUAGAAAUAAGGGAAUCUUGUUUGUUGCAAUCGACCACAAAAGGCCUCUUUCUGACCAGGGUCCCUUUGACGUUGUUCUGCAUAAGUUGACAGGAAAGGAAUGGCGCCAGAUUCUUGAGGACUACAAGCUAGAACAUCCAGAAGUGACAGUGCUCGACCCUCCGGAUUGCAUACAACAGGUGCACAAUCGACAGUCUAUGCUUCAAGAUGUGGCUGAUCUGAACUUAUCUGAUUUUUAUGGCACGGUUGGUGUCCCAAAACAGUUGGUCAUAACUAAAGAUCCUUCAUCCAUUCCGGAUGCAGUUCGUAAAGCUGGCUUAAUGCUACCCUUAGUUGCAAAACCACUGGUUGUGGAUGGGAGUGCAAAGUCACAUGAACUGUCUCUUGCUUAUGAUCAAUUCUCCCUGUCGAAGCUCGAUCCUCCUUUGGUUCUGCAGGAGUUCAUCAACCACGGUGGCGUUCUUUUUAAGGUUUAUGUUGUUGGGGAAGCUAUAAAAGUUGUGCGCCGCUUCUCUCUUCCUGAUGUUAAUGAGCGGGAGUUGCUAAAUAAUCAUGGUGUGUUUCGUUUUCCAAGAGUUUCCUGUGCAGCGGCUUCUGCUGAUGAUGCAGAUCUGGAUCCUUGUAUUGCUGAGCUUCCUCCGCGUCCUUUACUUGAGAGGCUUGCAAGGGAGCUUCGUCAUCGCCUGGGUCUUCGGCUGUUCAACAUAGAUAUGAUCCGCGAGCAUGGAAGCAGAGACCGGUUUUAUGUUAUCGACAUCAACUACUUUCCAGGUUAUGGAAAAAUGCCAGAGUAUGAGCACAUAUUUACAGAUUUCCUCCUGAGUUUGGUUCAGUGUAAGUACAAGAUACGGUCUGCUAAUAACACUCGCAAGGUGUAGCGACGUGAACAUGGAGAAAUGGCUUCCUACAGUUUUAACUUGCCAAAUAUAGUUUACUUGUUGAGGUUAGUGGGAGAUUCAAAGUUGUAAUCCCAGGGAACAGGUUGGUAAAAUGCUGGCUGCAGUUCCAUGUACAGUGUUGUAAGAGGAUUGUUGUCGCCUGUACUCUGUUUGGCUAAAAGUUGGUUUAAAGUUAAACCACAGCCACACAGGUCUUCUGUUUUGUUUUUAAUGCCUCUCUUAUGUACCCGAAACAUAUUCCCCGCUGAUAACAUGGAGCCUUUUUUUUUUUUUAAUUUGUAAUAUCCAAGUAGUAAGUGUUAUAUAUAUUUUCUGAA